AGGUGUCGCGAAAACCACCGUUAAACCUAAGCCAAAAUGGGAAAAGAGAAGACCCACAUCAACAUCGUUGUCAUUGGGCACGUAGAUUCAGGGAAGUCUACCACGACUGGCCAUCUGAUCUACAAAUAUGGCGGGAUCGACAAGAGAACAAUUGAGAAGUUUGAGAAGGAGGCUGCCGAGAUGGGAAAGGGCUCCUUCAAAUAUGCCUGGGUCUUGGACAAACUGAAAGCUGAACGUGAGCGUGGUAUCACCAUUGAUAUCUCCCUGUGGAAAUUUGAGACCAGCAAGUACUAUGUUACCAUCAUUGAUGCCCCAGGACACAGAGACUUCAUCAAAAACAUGAUUACAGGCACAUCCCACGCUGACUGUGCUGUCCUGAUUCUUGCUGCUGGUGUUGGUGAAUUUGAAGCCGGUAUCUCCAAGAACGGGCAGACCCGUGAGCAUGCCCUUCUGGCUUACACUCUGGGUGUGAAACAACUAAUUGUUGGAGUUAACAAAAUGGAUUCCACUGAGCCACCCUACAGCCAGAAGAGAUACGAGGAAAUUGUUAAGGAAGUCAGCACCUACAUUAAGAAAAUUGGCUACAACCCCGACACAGUAGCAUUUGUGCCAAUUUCUGGCUGGAAUGGUGACAACAUGCUGGAGCCAAGUGCUAACAUGCCAUGGUUCAAGGGAUGGAAAGUCACCCGUAAGGACGGCAACGCCAGUGGAACCACCCUGCUUGAAGCUCUGGAUUGCAUCCUGCCACCAACUCACCCAACUGACAAACCCUUGCGUUUGCCUCUCCAGGAUGUCUACAAAAUUGGUGGUAUUGGUACUGUCCCUGUGGGUCGUGUGGAGACUGGUGUUCUCAAACCUGGCAUGGUGGUCACCUUUGCUCCAGUCAAUGUAACAACUGAAGUGAAGUCUGUAGAAAUGCACCAUGAAGCAUUGAGUGAAGCCCUUCCUGGGGACAAUGUGGGCUUCAAUGUCAAGAACGUGUCUGUCAAAGAUGUCCGUCGUGGCAAUGUGGCUGGUGACAGCAAAAAUGAUCCACCCAUGGAAGCUGCUGGCUUCACAGCUCAGGUGAUUAUUUUGAACCAUCCAGGCCAAAUCAGUGCUGGAUAUGCACCUGUGCUGGACUGUCACACAGCUCACAUCGCUUGCAAGUUUGCUGAGCUGAAGGAGAAGAUUGAUCGUCGUUCUGGGAAAAGCUGGAAGAUGGCCCUAAAUUCUUGAAAUCUGGUGAUGCUG